AUUUGUCCGCGGUCACACUGUACCAAAGCAAAACAAGAGAACGCAAAAGCAGAAAAAAUCUCUACUGAUUUGCAUCCGAUUGCCAAUUUAAAGUAAUUGCAUUAUUAGCUCUUCGGUGGUGCCCCGCUCCCCUCGCGAAGCCAGUGUGAUUGCACGGGACUGAGCUGCAUUUUUGUCGCUAAAUUGCCAGAAAUUUGCAAUUGAAUUCCGCCCAGCAAAACAACAAUAAGCACGCACACAUACACACACACACACACCGCCCCCCGCGCUUCGUAACCACCCUACAUUCCUUUCGCUCCCUAAAGGUGAACUAAAACGAACUAAAAACGGUCCCAACAUGACUGCAGCGCCAUACAAUUACAACUACAUCUUUAAGUACAUCAUCAUUGGUGACAUGGGCGUGGGCAAGUCCUGCCUGCUCCACCAGUUCACUGAAAAGAAAUUCAUGGCAAAUUGUCCGCAUACGAUUGGCGUGGAGUUCGGCACACGCAUCAUCGAGGUGGACGACAAAAAGAUCAAGCUUCAGAUCUGGGACACAGCGGGCCAGGAGCGAUUCCGGGCUGUCACACGUUCAUACUAUCGAGGAGCAGCCGGAGCUCUGAUGGUUUAUGAUAUUACCAGACGCUCGACGUACAAUCAUCUGAGCAGCUGGCUCACCGACACUCGCAAUCUCACAAACCCCAGCACUGUGAUCUUUCUCAUUGGCAAUAAAUCUGAUCUGGAGAGUACUCGCGAGGUGACCUACGAGGAGGCCAAGGAGUUUGCCGAUGAGAACGGCCUCAUGUUUCUCGAAGCGAGUGCCAUGACUGGCCAGAAUGUGGAGGAGGCCUUUCUCGAAACCGCUCGCAAGAUCUACCAGAACAUCCAGGAGGGACGUCUCGACCUGAACGCCUCCGAAUCCGGAGUUCAGCACCGACCGUCGCAGCCUUCGCGAACUUCGCUGAGCAGCGAGGCCGCGGGCGCCAAGGAUCAGUGCUCGUGCUAAAUGGAUACAACCUAACAUUACACAUCUUUAGAUAUACAAAUCAAUUUUUAUUUUUAGCCGACUCGUAAUCUACCGAAGCCCAAGCAGAAACCAAUGUAUGUAGUUAAAUGAUUCGAUUAAGCAUUAAUGUGUGAGCCAACAACAGCGACAGCAACCACAAAAAAAACAAAACAAAAUAUAAAAGCCCUCCCCGAUUAUAAGACGCAACCAAUUCAACGUUUGUAAUAUCGAUUAAGCAUAAUAACUAGAAAAUUAAACACGUUUGUUGGUUAGCGCGAAUAUUUCUCACGCAUCGUUAGGUGAACCAAAGUUUUGACUAUGAAAUUUCGAAAAGUUUAUCGCUCUUUACUAAACACCAACACUCGUUUUGGCCCUAAAAUAUAGCAAAAUGCUUGAGGGAUAGACCAUAAUUUCUGUUAGCUGUAUCUCUGUAUAUAUAUGAAUUUUGUAUCUCCUUUUAUCAAACAUUUUUUGUUGAGUAUUUGUUGUAGUCGCGUGCAAAGACGGGAGAAAACGAUCAAUGUUAUAUGAAUAUUAACGAUGUAUUAAUGGCAUAAUGCAAUAGGAAAUAAAUAAAACGGUAUUUAUAAAGCCCCUACCAAAA